UAGAAAACAGUAGUGUAUAUUGAUGUAAUAAAGCAAUUGAAUCACUUAUCAGUAGUUGACCACAUGUUACAGUGAUAGUGCUAUCCUGAGAGCCAUUACAAAUCACGAAUUAAGGUUUGCAAUCAAACCAUGAUUUUACCUGUAUCGUCUUUGUCAAUAUCAUCGUCUUCAUCAUCGUCAUCAUCGCCUUCAUAUUCAUUAUCUUCUUCAUCUUCAUCAAUGAUGAUCAAAGAAGAAGCUUCAUCAUUAUUGAUCAGAACAUCGACUUCAUCUACAUCAUCAGUAGUUAUGAUUAGUGAUAUAAUGACGAAUUCAGCAGUAGAUUCGGUUCCAAUCGGUUCAUCAUUAUCUCCUAACUCAUCAUCAACGACCACGGUACAGGCAUCGACAUCAUCGGUUUCCGAAAGCAAUAUGCAAAUGGUCAAAUGCGACACAAUGGUUGAAUGUGCUGGAUGUGGUUCACAUAUUCUUGAUCGUUAUUAUUUAUCGGCUGUUGAUCAACACUGGCAUGUAUCUUGCCUCAAAUGUUCCCAGUGCAAAGUGAAUCUUCAGGCUGAACCAAGUUGCUUUUCGAGAGAUGGCCUCAUAUUUUGUAAAUCUGAUUAUUACAGGCUAUUUACUAUGCGUCGUUGUAGUCGCUGUGGUGAAGGAAUAUAUGCAUCGGAAUUAGUGAUGCGUGUCCGCGAUCAUAAUGUUUAUCAUUUGCAAUGCUUCACUUGCGCCUGGUGUAAUGUGACGCUUGCACAAGGUGACCUGUUCGGUGUACGCGAUAAUCUUGUCUAUUGUCGCAAUCAUUAUGAAAUGUUGACCACCAACAAUGGUUCGAUAGGCAAUCCUCCCAUAUCACCGAUUCGUUGUUAUGAGUCAGAGUCUGCUACGCCCCCACCACAAUUGAAUUCAACACCAUAUUCGCCAUCACUAGGAUCAAUCUCAUCAUCAUCAUCUUCCGAUUUACUAAAUCGUCAUCAUCAUAUGCAGACUGCUCAUCCACUUCAUCAUCAUCAUUAUCACAACAUUAAUCGAUCAUUUCCUAAUCCCGUUCAUCUAGGACAACAUCAUCCGUCCGGACCAUCGUUAUCAUCACCACCACCUCCACCACCACCACCAUCUAUGCAUCUUAAUGAUUCACACUUAAUGGGCGAUAUUUGUAGUACUAUGGCUGCCACACCUUAUUCUUCAACGGGUCAGCAUCAUUUAUCUUAUUCACCAUUGUCCAUUACAAAUUUAUCGAGUGGUGGCGGAGGUGGCAGUGGUAGUCCAGCUACACCCGUAGGAGGAUCAUCAAUUCUGAAUUCUAUGAAUGGUCAAUCAUCAUCAACAACAUCAACGACGACCACAAGAACAAAUACGGGACAAAAUAUUCGAAAAGGUCGACCGCGAAAACGUAAAAAUGUUACGUCUAACAGUAAUCAUCAACAUCAACAUCAUCAUCAUCAUCAGCAACAACAACAGUCACAGCUAAAUAAUUCACCUCAUUCACAUGGCCAUCAACAACAUCAUUCCAAUUCUCAUUCACAAUCGGAUCCGGAAAAUGGUGUCAUAAAUUCGUUAUCGCAUGAAUCUCUUUCAUCACCGCCAGCAUCAUCGUCGCGUAAUACUCAUAGUCCACUUGUGACAAAUUCAUUAGAUGGUCCAUUAUCAGGUCUAGCAGCAUCGAUUGAAAAUUCAUGCAAUUCACAAUUGACCUCAUCUGCAAUGAACAGUCUUACUUCACAUCAAUCGUUGGGUAGCGGAAACAGUGGUAGCAGUUCUAAUCAGCGAACGAAACGAAUGCGAACAUCAUUCAAACAUCAUCAAUUGCGAACGAUGAAAAGUUAUUUCGGUAUUAAUCAAAAUCCAGAUGCUAAAGAUCUGAAAGCAUUGGCACAAAAAACUGGACUCUCCAAACGUGUCUUGCAGGUAUGGUUUCAAAAUGCUCGUGCCAAAUGGCGACGUAAUAACCUGAAGAUGAUGCCCGAUAAUCAACAUGAAUUAAGUCUGAGUGGCCAAACAAUGUUGAACACUGCAAUCGGUUCGCAUAAUCCAUCUACUCCUUCAACCAUUAUUGGUAGUCCUAGUGGAUCGACUAGACUUUACUCAUCACCGUCACCUGCUGCCCUAUCACCACCGAAUUCGACAGCCGAUACCUCAUCGCUAAGUCAUCAAGCGGCACUAAUUUCAGCAUCAAAUCUAACAACAUCCGGUGGACAACCUCCACCGCCAAUACCAUCAUCAUUAAAAACAAAUUUACAAGAAGCAACAGCUUUUGUAAGCGGCGGAAGAGGAUCAGGUACGGCUGGUGAACAUCAUCAUCAUCAUCAUCAUCAUCACUUAAAUUCUUCGUCAUCAUCAUCGAUUGCACCAAGCAACAUGAUCUCGAUGAACUUUCAAGAAUUAUACUGAGACAUUUACAAAAUACUCUUGAGAUAAUUACUGAUUUGUAAAUAGUUUUGUGUGCUCAAAUAAUACCCGUAGGUCGUCGAUAAGAGUAAAAAAACAGUAACAAAAUUUGUAUACUUCGAUCGUUGUACUCAAAGACUUAUCCCUAAGACGAUAAAUGAAUUGAUGAAUACCACAUCCUUUAUUAACAAUUAAUCGCGUGCAUAAAACG